UGGUGGGGCGCUGGGUCCCCGUGCGUCCAGGAGGUGUACAGGGGCUCUCCCGGAGGUUCCCUCCUCUGGAACGGUUCACUAGUGCUUGGGGCUCACCUGGCACGCCGAGAGACAGAAGCAGGAGGUCGCUCGCCCCCGGCAGCUCUGACCAGAGAAGGCCGGCAAAGGCCGACGUCGAGCUUCACGUCUCGCGCAGUGCCCAGGUCUGUCUGUGGUGACGAGGACACCAUGCUCAGGCUUCUGAGACGAGCCUUGGCCUUCUUCCAGAGGAGGGCAGACCCCGCCCAGGAGCAGCACUCCCAGCAGGCCGAGCUCCAGCAAGCCGACAUCCAGUUGAGGAGUAUACAGGGAAUUGUAACAAAUUUAUGUGGUGAUUAUGGCCUCAUUAAUGAGUGGAUCUACUUCACCUCUGAUAUUGUCGCUGACAAUAUGCCUCUAAAAGUUGGACAAAAGGUUGUGGCACUUAUGGAAGGAAGUGAAAUAUUUCAAGAAUUGAAAGCAAUCAAA